GGCUGGAAACAAACAAUGACUCUUAUUCAGAUCUGCCCAACCAAUCUCACUGACGAUGGACCACGAUAACUCUUCCACUUUAGUUUCUCUUCCAGGUACAAUAACUAAUUCCUCAGAAAAUUCCUCGGCAAUGCUAAUCACCUGGAAUGAAAACAGUCAGUUAGGGCUGAGGAUUUCGCUGUCUGUCGUUCUGGGCAUCAUCACCUUGGCAACCAUCCUCUCCAAUUCAUUUGUGUUUGUCACCAUUUGCCUCACGAGGAAGCUCCAUACUCCCGCCAACUAUCUCAUUGGGUCUCUGGCUGUCACGGACCUCCUGGUGGCUAUUAUGGUGAUGCCCAUCAGCAUUGUCUACACUGUCAUCAAGACCUGGACUCUAGGACAGAUCAUGUGUGACAUUUGGCUAUCUUCUGACAUCACGUUUUGUACUGCAUCCAUCUUGCACCUGUGUGUCAUUGCUCUGGACAGAUACUGGGCCAUCACUGAUGCCUUGGAGUACACGAAGCGUCGCACACCGGGUCGAGCGGGCCUGAUGAUAGCUGUAGUCUGGGUCAUCUCAAUCUGCAUCUCCAUCCCGCCACUAUUCUGGAGGCAAUCAAAAGCUCUUGAUGAACUCAAGGAAUGUGUAGUCAACACCGACCAGAUAUUCUACACCAUCUACUCCACUUUUGGAGCCUUUUACAUCCCCAGCGUGCUGCUAAUUAUACUGUACGGCAGAAUUUACAUGGCAGCCCGAUCAAGGAUUCAGAAACCGCCCUCAGCCUUCGGAAAGCGCUUCACCACAGUACAACUCAUAAGUGGAUCAACCGGAUCUUCGCUGUGUUCCGUUGGCUUUAACAGCCAGGAAACUCUCCCUCAUUCUAGUGAAUCUCCUGUCUACCUGAACCACAUCAAAGUCAAAGUGUCCGAUAGCGUCCUGGAGAGAAAGAGGAUCUGUGCAGCUAGAGAGCGCAAGGCCACCAAAACCCUAGGGAUCAUCCUUGGCGCUUUCAUUUUCUGCUGGCUCCCUUUCUUUGUGGUGGCCUUGGUAAUGGGCAUCUGCAAAGAGGCAUGCUGGUUUCAUCCUGUGCUCUUCGACCUCUUCACGUGGCUCGGCUAUUUAAAUUCACUCAUCAAUCCUGUCAUAUACACAGCUUUCAAUGAGGACUUCAAACAGGCUUUCCAAAAACUCAUACGACUCAAACGAUGCUAA